GCUCCCAGGAGGAGCCUGCUGGACACUGUUGCUGUGCACAGGAAAGGGUGCAUGUAAUAUAGUAUUUGUGAGAUUUUUUUUAAUCUAUUAUAUACCCCAAAGGAGAACACCUUUUUCAGCGAUACCACAACACAUUUCUGCUUUAAGAAACAUGCAUUCAAAUUUGACGUCUUUAUGAUUAAGUAAACGAUCACAAGCAGUAGAAGUUGAGGUUGAAUAAAAUCCCUACUCUCAUAAUUUCAAUACAAUUACUAGGAGACGAGGGCCAUUCCACGACAGACCUAAAAUACAGACAUUUAACAUGCGACAACACGACGGACGUGCAUCUGACGGCAGCGCUGACGCGCGUUCUCGACGAUGAGCAUGUGACACUUCCAUCCGGGACACCGCCGGGGACUCACUCUCCAUCAUGGCGGCGUCAGCUAAGAAGAAGAGUAAGAAGGGGAAGACUCUCACCCUAACAGACUUUCUUGCAGAGGAUAGUGGUGGCAGCAUCCCCCCUAGCUAUGUACCCACCAAGCCCACAAGCUGGGCAGAUGAGACAGAUGACCUGGAAGGAGAGGUUUCGACUUCCUGGCACACAGAGGAUGAUUUUUACCGGGCCCCACCCAUUGACCGCUCCAUCCUGCCCACUGCCCCUCGAGCUGCACGUGAGCCCAACAUUGACCGGUCACAGCUUCCCCGCAACCCCCCAUACACGGCGUUUCUUGGGAACCUGCCCUACGAUGUUACAGAAGACUCAAUCAAGGACUUCUUCCGUGGACUCAGUAUCAGUGCUGUGCGGCUGCCCAGGGAGCCCAGCAACCCGGAGCGGCUGAAGGGUUUUGGCUAUGCUGAGUUUGACGAUGUGGAAUCGCUUCUGCGCGCCCUCAGCCUCAAUGAAGAGAACUUGGGGAACCGUAGGAUCCGCGUGGACAUUGCAGAUCAGUCCAACGAAAAAGAAAGAGAUGAUCGUUCCAUGUCUGGGCGAGACAGGAAUAGAGGUGACAGUGGCCCUGACAAGACAGACUCUGACUGGCGGGCUCGCCCAUCUAUGGACGUAGAUGACGGGCCUCGGAGGGACGACUUUGGAGAACGGCCUCGUGAGCGCUACGAGUCAGACCGGUACCGCGAUGGACCUCGGAGGGACGACCGCUAUGAUGGGGGCAGAGACCGAUACCGCGAUCGGUACGAUGACCGGGACCGCAGAGACUUUGACAGAGGCUUUGAUUCCCGCAGUGGGGGUCGUCGUCCCUUUGGCAGCGGGUUCCGACGAGAUUAUGAUGACCGACGCGAUGAUUACCGGGGCAGUGGGGAUCGCUAUGGUGAUCGCUAUGGUGACCGUGAUGACCGGUACGAAAGGCGGGAUGACCGCCGAGAGGAAAGAGGCCCUCCACAGCGGCCCAAGUUGAACCUAAAGCCCCGCAGUGUGCCCAAGGAGGAAGACCAGGGUGGAGCUCCCUCCACCCAGACAGGCCGUGCUGCCUCCAUCUUUGGUGGGGCCAAGCCUGUGGAUACAGCAUCCAAGGAGCGCGAGGUGGAAGAGAGGCUCCAGAAGGAGCAGGAGAAGCUGCAGAGACAGUUGGAGGAGGAUAAGGGUAGGGCAUCAGAGCGCAAGCCUCGUGAAAGGCACCCCAGCUGGCGCACCGAGGACCAGCCUGCAGAGCGGUCCCGCACCGGCAGUGAGUCUUCACAACCUGGCAGCACUACCGGCAGAGGCUCCCGGCGCAGGGAGAGUGAGCGUUCUGUAGAGAAUGAGGUGUUUAGUGGCCGAGAUGAUGACCCUCCAUCCCCGGGAACCCGGCCUCCGCCCUCCAAGCAGGAUGCACUGCCACUGAAGGUGGUACCUGCACCGCCACCCAAGGAGAAUGCCUGGGCCAAGCGCAGCGCUGUCAGCAGUGGUUCUACUGAGCUUGAGAGCCGCUCUCCCACCUCUCCUAGCAGCCAGGGCCCCCCCAAACUCACCAGUUCGAGUUCAGUGGAUGAAAAACUGUCUCAACGAGGUAAAGAUGAGAACAAAGCAGAUGGUGCACGUCGGGACCGGGGCCCAGCGCGGGGGCGAGGUGGACCGGCAGGGCCCGGAGCAGGCCGGGGCCGAGGAGACACACCCAGCAAAGAUCGGCGGAAGGAGCCCGACAGAAAGGACAGCCGACGAGAGCGGGAUUCCAAACCAGCACCAGAGCCAAAGAAGUACGAGGAAUCUCCCAGUCCUAAAUUCAGCUCUGCUAGUAAGUAUGCAGCAUUGCUCAUGGAUGGUGAACAAGAAGAUGACAUAGAGGACAGCGUUGAAUAAAACAGCAGGAAGAAAAAAGGAUGAAGUAAAAAGAAGAGAAACAAAUCCAGUCUCCAGCAGGAACCGCACCAGACCCAUCCCCCGUGUUCCCCAGACACCCCCAGACAGAAGCCCAGCCCACAACUCAUCAGGACUGGACGUAAAAAUAGAACAAUAAAGGACUUCUUUUAAAAUGGAAAAAAAAAGGAAUGGAAAAUUGAAUAAUAAUUAUAAUAAAUAAAAAGUGGGGAAAAAUUGAAAUGAUUGCUUC